AGUGUGGGCACCUUCCCGGGGCCCGGGUGCAACUCCUCCGCUUCGGGGAGAAGCGGCUGCCCGAGCCGAGCGGGGGCCAGCGCCGGCGGUUCCACUCUGGGCGGCCGGGCCGGGUUUCUCUGGUGCACCGGGAGCCCGGGCUCCAGCGACUUCUGCGCAGCGCGGCCGCAGGACCCCGCGCCGGGCCGGACUCCCCGUCCACCCGCCCUAGACCUGGCGCAAACCGUUCGCCUCCCCCGAGCUCCACGUUCCCUCACUGCGGUCCAGGGAGCCAGCAAGGUCGGGCAGCAAAGCUUCACCUCGGCCAUGGCUCCUGGAGAGAAGAUCAAAGCCAAAAUCAAGAAGAAUCUGCCGGUGAGAGGCCCGCAGGCGCCCACCAUCAAGGACCUGAUGCACUGGUACUGCAUGAACACCAACACCCACGGGUGCCGCCGCAUUGUGGUGUCCCGCGGCCGCCUCCGGCGCCUGCUCUGGAUCCUGUGCACGCUGACCGCGGUGGCCCUCAUUAUCUGGCAGUGCGCCCUGCUCGUCUUCUCCUUCUACACCGUCUCUGUCUCCAUCAAAGUCCACUUCCAGAAGCUAGAUUUUCCUGCGGUCACCAUCUGCAAUAUCAACCCCUACAAGUAUAGUGCUGUACGAGACCUUCUGGCUGACUUGGAUCAGGAGACCAGAGGGGCGCUGAAGACCCUGUAUGGCUUUUCAGAGGUUAAGUCUCGCAAACGCCGUGGGGCAGAGUCUGAGAAUCCAGCCUGGGGAGGCAUCCGGCCCAAAUUCCUCAACGUGAUCCCACUGCUGGUCUUCAAUGAGAAGGAGAAGGGCAAGGCCAGGGAUUUCUUCACUGGCCGGAAGCGCAAAGUCAGUGGGAACAUCAUUCACAAGGCGUCCAAUGUCAUGCACAUCCACGAGUCUAAGAAAACAGUGGGAUUCCAGCUGUGUCCCUCCAACGACACCACCAACUGUGCCACGUACACCUUCAGCUCGGGGGUCAAUGCCAUCCAGGAGUGGUACAAGCUGCACUACAUGAACAUCAUGGCCCAGGUGCCUCUGGAGAAGAAAAUCAACAUGAGCUAUUCUGCCGAGGAGCUGCUGGUUACCUGUUUCUUUGACGGGAUGUCCUGCAAUCCCAGGAACUUCACGCUUUUCCACCAUCCCAUGUAUGGAAACUGCUACACGUUCAACAACAGAGAAAACGAGACCACGCUCAGCACCUCCAUGGGGGGCAGUGAGUACGGGCUGCAAGUCAUCUUGUACAUUGAUGAAGAGGAGUACAACCCCUUCCUGGUGUCCUCCACUGGGGCAAAGGUGCUUAUUCACCAGCAGAAUGAGUAUCCCUUCAUUGAAGAUGUGGGCACAGAGAUUGAGACGGCAAUGUCGACCUCCAUAGGAAUGCAUCUGACCGAGUCCUUCAAGCUGAGUGAGCCCUACAGCCAGUGCACAGAGGACGGGCACGACGUGCCGGUGGAGAACAUCUACAACGCUGCCUACUCCCUCCAGAUCUGCCUUUACUCCUGCUUCCAGACCAAGAUGGUGGAGAAAUGUGGUUGUGCCCAGUACAGCCAGCCUCUGCCUCCCAAUGCCAACUACUGCAACUACCAGCAAAACCCUAACUGGAUGUAUUGUUACUACAAGCUGUACCAAGCCUUCGUUCAGGAAGAACUGGACUGCCAGUCAGUGUGCCGGGAAACGUGCAGGUUUAAGGAAUGGACCCUGACCACCAGCCUGGCACAGUGGCCCUCUGAGGUUUCAGAGAAGUGGUUGUUACGCGUUCUCACCUGGGACCAAGGCCAGCAAAUAAACAAAAAGCUCAACAAGACAGACUUGGCCAAACUCUUGAUAUUCUACAAAGACCUGAACCAGAGAUCCAUCAUGGAGAGCCCAGCCAACAGCAUCGAGGUGCUUCUCUCCAACUUCGGCGGCCAGCUGGGCCUGUGGAUGAGUUGCUCUGUCGUCUGUGUCAUCGAGAUCAUCGAAGUCUUCUUCAUCGAUUUCUUCUCUAUCAUCGCCCGCCGCCAGUGGCAGAAAGCUAAGGAGUGGUGGGCGCGGAACCAGGGACCCCCCUGCCCCGAGGCUCCCCCGGGCCAGCUCGGCCAGGACCAUCCAGCCCUGCAUGUAGACGAAGACCUGCCCACUUUCACCUCUGCUCUGCAGCUGCCUCCAGCCCCGGGGGUCCAGGUGCCCGGCACGCCGCCGCCCAGAUAUAACACCUUGCACCUGGCCAGGGCCUUCUCCAGCCAGCUGGCGGACACUCAGGUGCUGGACGAGCCAUGAGAUGGGGCUGGGAAGAGAGAUCUAGUCAGGACUGCAGCCGAGGUCUAAGGACUUAGACCUUGUCUCCCAAACACAGAGGGGUCCUCCUGUCUCUGCUCUGGCCUUUGGAGACACUCCCUGAAAGCCUGCUACAGACAAAUCAGGGUUGGGCCUGGGCAGGUGGAGCCACUGGGUCCUGCCCAGCUCUACACCUGGCCAGGAUGAGCUAGAUCCUGGCUAACUCAGCACAUCCACUCGAGGAAGACUGCAGGCCAUUCCAACGGUGCCAUCGGUGAGGGCCCAGUGAGCUUUUGCUGGGUGUUGAGAGAGAAGGACACCUCCAGAGCCCCAAGCCAGGGUUCCAGCCACACCCUGUCCUCCCCGGGGCCACAGGAUGUGACUUUAGGUAGCAAGGCUGGACAGCUACUGCCUGAUGCCAAGUGCCAGCCCUGGGGGACGGCUGUGGUGCCCAAGCUGUCCAGGGUCACUGACACUGGGGCAAGGGGUCCUCUGCACCCUCGGGCACAGACCCGGCCCAGGGCCCUGGCGUGUGUGGGAGGGGUGCAGUGGAGGGAGGGGUAGGGUGUGGCAGGUGGCUGGACUGGGCUGGGACCUACGGUGGUUCCCAAGCAGAGAAGGGCCACUUAAAGGACAUAGCUGGGUACUCCAGGUACUCAGAACCAGACCUCAGCUGCUCCUCUCACCGACCAGCUCAGCCAGCACCACUGCCCGGCAUGGCGGUGCACACCUGUGACCCUAGCAACCCAGGAGGCUGAGGCAGGAAAGUCGAAAGUUGGAGAGCAGGCUGGGCAAUUUACCUACUUAGUGAGACCUUAUCUCAAAAUAAAAUAUAAAAAAGGGCUGGGGAUGGAGCUGUUCAGUGAAAGCCUUGGUUUCAAUCCCUGGUACCAGAGAGGGACAGAGACCUCCCUUCUACUGCCAUCCCCAAAGGCCUGCCCCCGCGUACAGCUCACUUCCGAACUCAGCAUCAGCGCAAGAGCAGAGUGCUGGGCACUGUUCUAAGCACUCACACAAAUCAGCCUGGGGGACAGCAAACUGUGUGGCCCGCAGGCUAAAUCCUGUUUUUGUUUGUGAACUGAGAAUGGGUUUUUUUUUUUCACUUUUAAAUAGCU